UCGUUUUCGUUUGUUGUCUUGACGAAUUUGAUUGUACUAUUUCGAUUUUUCACAAAAUCUUGUUAAAAAGCACUAAAAAUGGCUUCAGAAUGUAGAGAGUCUUGGUAUUUGGAUGUUGUGGAAAAAAUGGAUGACUUCUACAAACGGGUUGACGAAAAGAUUGAGAAAGAACAGCAACAAAUGAAAGCAUGUAAGAAGUAUACAGAAUUGGAAACGAAACUUGCACAGGAAACUAAGUUAAAUAAAGAGCUGACAGAACGUCUAGCAGAGCUGGAACGGCGAGGCAGUGAGCUGGACCGAGUGUGUGCUACCUUCGAGUCACAUCUCACCAUCGCAGACAGUGAUCGAAAUAGAUUGGAUAAUGCCAAAGAAAUAUUCCAAAUUGCGAAAGAGUUGACUGGGAUCCGUUGGGACUUCAGUGCACCGCCCAAUGUGGCUAAAGGCUAUAUAAAGAGUGAGUCCCGCAAGCUACUGCAGCCGAUAGAAGUGGACAUGAGUAGCGGCGGCAGCGACGCGCUGUGGACGCUGCUGCAGUGCACCGCAGACCCUCGCGACAAGGAGAACAGGCCUCACAAUGAGCCAGCCACACGAAUAUGAGCAGACCGGUUUUUGGUCCAGUCAGUCAGUAAAAAAAAUGCAAUUUUCCCAUCAAAACUGUCAAUUACACAAAAUAUAAGGUAUCUCUGUAUAGUUAUCGGCACGAAUCUUGAGCUCUGACCUACAUCUGCGCAGAAGUGAUUUAUUAGCAAAGAACCAAUCCCGAGUGACGGCUAUGACGCGAUGCACUGCGGGCCAAUCACCGCUUUAGCCCGCCCCCGCGCCUCACUUCAUACCACAAAAGGGACCCAAUGAAUUACUUCUGCGCCGGUGAAGGUCAGAGCUCAAGAUUCGUGCAGAUAACUGUAACGGACUAAAAGAAAAAAAACAGCAGUUGAAUUGAAUACCCUUUUUGGAAGUCGGUUAAUGUUUUUAUACUGUACAUUUUAUUUAUUUCAUGUUGGUCUUUCACAGCUGACAAUAUUUUACACUAAAGACAAUAUGCCAAUUACGAAGUUCUACUAAUAGUUAGUCAUUUUAACCGACUUUCCAAAAAGGGAGGUUCUUAAUUCAGAUUUUUAAAUUAGACUAAUGACUAAACCUUGUAUUUACGACUGACUGUUUUCUGCGGUUUUACCCGCUUCCCAAGAAAUACCUAAUUAAAAACUUUGAUUGAAUGUAUAUUUAAUACAUAGUUAUAAGAAAUAAAACUAAUAAUGCUAUUAAAAAGAGUUUUUAAUUACCAUC